CUGUGUGUGUGUUUGUGUGCAUGUGUAUAUGUGUGUGUGUAUGUGUGUGUAUGUGUGUGUUUGUUUGUAUGUGUGUGUGUGUGUGUGUGUGUGUGCCUAUGCGUAUUUGUGUUCAUAUUGUGCGUGUGUGUUUGUGUGCGCGUGUGUUUAUGUGCGUGUUUAGAAAGUGUGUAUGUUUGUGCGUAUUUGUGUUUGUGUGUGAGUGAGUGUGUGUAUGUGUGUGUGAGUGCAUGUGUGUGUUGUGUGUGUGUCUUUGUGUGUGUGUGUCUGUGUGUGUGUGAGUGUGCAUGUGUGUGUCUUGUGUGUUUAUGGGUGUGUGUGUGUGUGCAUGUGUGUUUGUGUGUGUGUGUGUGUGCGCGUGUUUGUGUGUGUGUUUGUGUUUGUAUUUAUACGUGUGUGUGUGUGUUUGUAUGUGUGUGUGUCUAUGUAUGUGCAUGUAUAUACGUAUGUGUAUGUGUAUAUCUUUGUAUCUGUGUGUUUGUAUGUGUAUGUCUAUAUAUGCAUGUGUUUGUCUAUGUAUGUGUAUGCAUGUUUAUAUGUUUGUGUCUC